AUGUCGUCCAAGCGGAAGUCACCCCCAAACAAGCUGUCGAACGCGGUGACGAUCGAGAAGAACAACUUCAAGAAGAUCUCGCUCAAAAAUGAAGAGUUCCUCAAGUCGUCCCCGGUGAAGGAGCUCAACUGCACGUUCGAUAGCAACUUCAUCGCGAUGCAGAAGAUGAGCGCUGAUCCUAAAUUUCUGAAACACGACGAUCUGCUCAGUGGCCGGCAUGAUGAACACCUGCUGCCACUCGAGCAUGAUUUCCAUUACAACCUGCCGUUCUUGAAUGUGGCCAGCUACAUUCUGAAGGGUUCGGAUCCCGCUCUCAACAAGGCAGAAAACUACCAGCUGACGAUGAACCUGGACAGUCUGAACAUCUCCAACAGCAACCACGAGACGCCACCGGCUCCGUCCUCUCCGGCAGGUCCACCUCCCAAGAUCAGCCACGCGCCAGUCGCAGGACCUCCUCGCAAGAUCAACAACAUGAUUCUGAACCACCUAAAGUCGAUCGUGGACAACUUUGACAGUCUCAACAACAACGUCAAUGAUAAGAACAACUACACAGGUGGACUGCCGAACAACGUCUGUCAACCGGAGGAGAUACACUUACAGCAGCCCCAACCCCCUCCACCACCAGCACCUACAAUGGAGCAGCCGGCACUGCACCAACUCAAUAACCAAUACGUGGAGAAGAACAACCUAGAGUCGUUCCGUACGCGGCUAGACGAACGUAUCACCAACCUGCAGCUCAGCAUGAACGAGAUCUACCUGAUGCGACUAAACCUGAGUCUGCUGGACUUCCCGAACGAGAUACCGAACACGCUGCUGCACAACCAUCAACCAGUUGGUCACGGGACGGACGGUUCCCCAAACAUGAACUGCAGCACGCAGAACAACAUCAAGCUCAUAAAAAGAAGCUUCAAGGAGUCGCUCUACGAGAAGGAGAAGAACAUCAACCGACUGAUCAUGUAUUUCACGAUAUGGCGUGAGAUGCUGCUGAAGGCAGAAUUUGGUGAAAACCGCAAGUAUAAACAGAACAAUAAUUCCAAAAGCAACCUUGAGCCCACGAACCUGCUUGGGCCGGGCAGUAGUGCGGCCUGUGGCAGCAGUAGUGGUGGGAGUGGUAGCGGGGCAUCACCCCCGGUUGGUUCCGUUCCACCGGUAGCCCCAGUGGCAUCACCUUCCCCAAGCCGAAGCUCCACCGUCAUCGACUGUGAUAUACCUGGGGCAGCUGAGUUGAACACCGAACCCGACAACUGCAUACGCCGAUACCAAAACGUAUUCCAAUCCAUAGCCUGCAAGAUGACGACAGGUGGAGGGGCUGAGCUGGGUGGAGGAGGGCCACUAACACCACACCCAACCGGCAGCGGCUACCCGCAGGUGACGGCAAGUAGUAGUACCGGUGGAGUAGGUCCUGGAACCCUUCGUCGGAAUGCUCGAAAACGGCCACAGUUGUUGCCACCUGAUGCCGAUCCUGAGCAGAUGUGCUUGCCGAAACAACCGAUGCUGGUGGCGCCUCCACUGACCUGCGGUGGAGGCGCCAGUGGUAGCAGUAGUUCCGGUGGAGGUGGUAGUGGCCCACCCUCUGGUCCACUCACCCUGUACGACGAGUACGAGAAGGCGAAGGAAGAAAACCAAAGAUAUUCGAAAGAGCCAGACGCACCGAUCAACCUGUCCAAGCGAAAGCCAUCGCGAGACAGCCCUGUUGGGGUUGUACCUCUUGAGCUAGCAAAUGGGGCCAAGCUACCGGGUAUGGUAGGAGGUGGUCCUGGUGGUCCAGGAGGAGGUGGAGGUGGUCCGUUUGGGGCGGCAGCUGCAGCGGCAGCGGCCGCAGCUGCAGCUGGUCUCUUCAACACCUGCGACUCUGAUGAGUUGAACCAUCGGUUGGAGUUAAUGUCAGACAAAGUUGGGCUAUUGCCAUCAACAGCUGUCGCUUUGCUGGAGAAAGAAUCCGACAAGUACUUCCUCAAGUCGAAACGUGAUCGACUUGAGCUGGAGGCGAACCACCUCUUCGACUAUGGUCCUGGACCUGCCGACGGGCUCCACAAGCACGCGAAGCUGAACCUCUACCAUCAGUCACCGAGUCCUCAUGGUCACGGUAGUCCAGAUGAAAAGCAAGGCCUACUUGGAGAACCGGGCGGUUAUCCGUUGGCCCAGCAAUUCUUCAUCAAGGCGACAGAUCCGGGACCUCACGGUGGACCUGGUGUUGGAGGACCUGGUCUAUCGCCAUUCAACAGCAAUGCCAUGAUCGACAACAUGAAUCGACACCUGCUACAGCGUCAGCAGACACUGGCCGCUGCGGGCAGUGGGAGUGGUGGAGGUGGAGGAGGAGGAGGUGGUGGGGGGAAGAAGGGUGAUAAGGGUGUGUCACUUGGAGGGCUCGAGCUCGGGCCUGACAUCGGUACCGGACGGACUAGGUCGUCAAACACCGAGAAAAACCACAUCAAGCGACCAAUGAACGCAUUUAUGGUGUGGGCGAAGGACGAACGGCGCAAGAUUCUGAAGGCCUGUCCUGACAUGCACAACUCCAACAUCUCGAAAAUCCUGGGCGCACGGUGGAAGGCGAUGACCAACCUGGAGAAGCAACCAUACUACGAGGAGCAGGCGAAACUGUCCAAGCAGCACAUGGAGAAGCAUCCGGACUAUCGAUAUCGGCCACGUCCAAAGCGCACCUGCAUCAUUGACGGCAAGAAGAUGCGCAUCUCCGAGUACAAGUGUUUGAUGAAGAACCGCCGCCAGGAGAUCCGGCAGUUCUGGACGCGUGACUAUGACAGCGGAACCGACCAGAAGUGCCCGCUCAAAGAUGGCGGCAAAGUGAUUAAAAACGAGGCCAUGUAAUAAUACUCCAACAACACAACAAUCCCUUUGACGCCAUUCCAUGUCCAGGUCCUGAUCGCUCCUUCACGCACACACGCAAACAUAUGUAGCCAUGCCAGACAAAACCCCGCCAUAUCCUUUGAAUCGUAUUUAAUAUAUACCAGCGACGACCUAACUAGAGCGUCCGUCAGCGUCGUGUAAUCUGUAUUCCGAGUGUAGAUGUUAACGCUUCCGACGUUCACGUGGUGCCAUGCAAAAAAAAGG